GGAGCAGGGCGGGGAGCUGCACGCGGCAGAGGCGGGAGCGGCGCGUCCGGAGCCAGCUGAGACUAGUGGAAGAACAAGAAGAGACUGAGCUGUGUUUGAGCCAGGAGAUUUUGGACAGUGUCUGAGGAUGGGUGAGGAAGGCCCUCCCAGUUUGGAGUAUAUCCAGGCCAAGGACUUGUUCCCACCAAAGGAGCUCGUGAAGGAGGAAGAGUCAUUGCAGGUCCCAUUCACUGUGUUGCAGGGUGAGGGAGUAGAGUACCUUGGCCAUGCAAACGAUGCUGUGAUCGCCAUCUCCAACUACCGCCUGCAUAUCAAGUUCAAGGAUUCUGUCAUCAAUGUGCCUUUGAGGAUGAUGGAAAGUGUGGAGUGUCGGGAUAUGUUCCAGCUUCACAUUGUCUGCAAGGACUCCAAAGUGAUCAGGUGCCAUUUUUCCACCUUCAAGCAGUGCCAGGAGUGGCUGAAGAGGCUGACUCGAGCCAUUGCCCGCCCUGCUAAGCCUGAGGACCUCUUUGCAUUUGCCUACCACGCCUGGUGCUUGGGAGUCUGUGUUGAUGAGGAGGACCAACAUGCACAUCUCUGCCGGCCAGGAGACCACGUGAGAUACCGAUUUGAGAUGGAGCUGGUGAGGAUGGGCUUUGACUUGCAGAACGUCUGGCGCGUCUCUGACAUCAACAACAAUUACAAGCUUUGUUCCAGUUAUCCCCAGAAGCUGCUGGUUCCUGUCUGGAUCACCGAUAAGGAGUUAGAGAACGUGGCUUCGUUUAGGUCAUGGAAAAGGAUCCCUGUGGUGGUGUACAGACACGUGCGCAACGGGGCGGUGAUCGCCCGCUGCAGCCAGCCCGAGAUCAGCUGGUGGGGCUGGCGCAACGCUGACGACGAGUAUCUCGUGACAUCCAUUGCCAAAGCCUGUGCCUUGAACCCUGGAGUGAGGGUGGCUGCUGGGGUGGCCCACAACGGGGGCAGCGACGGCAGCGAGGCCUGUGACACCGACUUCGACUCGUCGCUGACUGCGUGCUCAGGAGUGGAGAAUGCAGGAACCCCUCAGAAGCUGCUGAUUCUGGAUGCCAGGUCCUACACUGCAGCUGUGGCCAACAGAGCAAAGGGAGGCGGCUGCGAAUGUGAAGAGUAUUACCCGAACUGCGAGGUUGUGUUCAUGGGCAUGGCCAACAUCCACUCCAUCAGGAACAGCUUCCAGUAUCUGCGUGCUGUGUGCAGUCAGGUGCCAGACCCCAGCAACUGGCUUUCAGCCCUGGAGAGUACCAAGUGGCUGCAGCACCUCUCUGUCAUGCUGAAGGCAGCAGUGCUGGUCUCCAGUGCUGUUGACAGAGAAGGGCGCCCGGUGCUGGUCCAUUGCUCGGACGGCUGGGACAGGACCCCGCAGAUUGUGGCACUGGCAAAGAUCCUGCUGGACCCUUACUACAGGACCAUGGAGGGCUUCCAGGUGCUUGUUGAGUCAGAUUGGCUGGAUUUUGGUCACAAGUUUGGCGAUCGCUGUGGUCACCAGGAGAAGGUGGAAGAUCAGAAUGAGCAGUGCCCAGUUUUCCUCCAGUGGCUGGAUGCUGUUCAUCAGCUUCUGAAGCAAUUUCCCUGCCUCUUUGAAUUUAAUGAAGCUUUUUUGGUGAAGCUGGUGCAGCACACGUAUUCCUGCCUCUACGGCACCUUCCUUGGCAACAGCCCCUGCGAGCGAGAGAUGCACAACAUCUCCAAGCGAACCUGCUCCGUCUGGUCCCUCCUGCGGGCUGGCAACAAGAACUUCCACAAUCUUCUCUACAUGCCAGGGUCUGAGCAGGUGCUGCAUCCCGUGUGCCACGUGCGAGCGCUGCACGUCUGGACAGCAGUGUAUCUCCCAGCUUCCUCCCCACAUCCUCUGGGACAGGAUGAUAUGGACAUUUACUUGCCCCCUGGAUCUCAGAGCCAGGAGUUCAGUGGCAGGUGUUUAGACAGACUACCGAAGACGAGAUCUAUGGACGACCUGCUCUCAGCCUGUGACUCCAGCAGCCCCCUGACCCGCACGUCCAGUGACCCCAACCUCAACAACCACUGUCAGGAGGUGCGGGUGGGCCUGGAAACCCGGCACGCGGCUGCUGAGGGGGCUGAGCUGCACCUGAGCGAAGGCAGCGCCGUGGCUGCAGGAGAGACGAGGCGGGUGGAGCAGCAAGAGGAGGACACUCCCCUGCAACCCAGCAGCACAGGUAGCAGCCGUGCUGAGCAACUGAGCAGCUGGGCUUCUGUGCCACACAGCAGUGUCUCUGUGGAGGCAGGAACGGGAAACGGAACAUCUGCAGAGGAAGGGGAUGGCACGUGUCCAGCUCCAAAUCCUUCUGGACAGGAAAAUGUUGACAGGGUUUCCAGCAGUCCUGGAAAGCAGUUGGAAUCUUGUCCCCAGGAACCUUUGAAGGCUACUGGUGUGGUGUCCAAUGGAGAAGGCUGUCCCAAGAGAAGCACUACCUGCCAAAACAUUCCCAGCCAGGAGUCCCUGGCACCGAGUGCCCCUUGUCAGGACAUCCCAGGCCCUGCCCAGGCCACCCUGUGCCCGGGUGCAGACAGCAGGGCCGUGGGACGGAGCGUGCCCUGCGAGGAGCCCGGCCGGCUGGGCAGAGCCCCGCUGGAGCAGUGGCGCAAGCCCAUUUCCCAGAGCCAAAGCAGCGAGUUCUCCCUCCUGGGAUCCAACUGGGACAGCUUUCAAGGCACGGUGACAUCGCUCCCCAACGGGGAUCCAGCACCCAGACACCUCCUUUCCUACGGCUGCUGUAGCAAGAGGUCGAGCAGCAGACCUCUGCGGGCGCCAGGCCUGUGCCUCAGUGGCAGGGAAGCUGCAAAGGCCUCCGGCUGCUCUGGCCACGGCAGCACGCGUUUUACAGGCCCUGCGGGGAAGCCCGGCCGUUCCUGGCUCCCCUGCCACCCCAAGCAAGCAUCCGCUCCCAAGCACAUGCCACCAAAAUGUCCUUCUCCUGUGCCUCCUCUCUACCUGGACGACGACGGGCUGCCCUUCCCCACGGACGUGAUCCAGCACAGGCUGCGGCAGAUCGAGGCCAGCUACAAGCAGGAGGUGGAGCAGCUGCGCAGGCAGGUGCGGGAGCUGCAGCUGCGCCUGGACAUCCGCCACUUCUGCGCCCCCCCGGCCGAGCCCCCCAUGGACUACGAGGAUGAUUUUACAUGUUUGAAGGAAUCGGAUGGCAGCGACACAGAGGAUUUCUGUUCUGAUCAUAGUGAAGAUUGCCUGUCAGAAGCGAGCUGGGAGCCUGUUGAUAAGAAGGAGACUGAGGUCACGCGCUGGGUUCCGGACCACAUGGCCUCGCACUGCUUCAACUGCGACUGUGAGUUCUGGCUGGCCAAGCGAAGGCAUCACUGCAGGAACUGUGGGAACGUCUUUUGUGCUGGUUGCUGCCACCUGAAGCUGCCCAUCCCUGACCAGCAGUUGUAUGACCCUGUCCUCGUUUGUAACUCCUGUUAUGACCACAUCCAAGUGUCUCGUGCCAGGGAGCUCAUGAGCCAACACCUGAAGAAACCCAUCGCCACAGCUUCCAGCUGAAUGCCACACAAGGGACCUGUCUAAGCCCAGCCUUUUUCUCUCAUGGGUUUGAAGGGUGACUCUGCCUCCCCAGUAAUUUGAAGGCCUUUGGUGCAACAUUUGAACACCAAGCUCAAAUGCACUGGCUUCAGCAGGCUUACUCACAGCCUGGAGCAGAGGAGCUCGGAUUAGAGAGCGUGAUGUGUGUCCUCACCCUGCUACAGGUGGGCCUGCACAUUGGAGUCUGACGACCUAGGGCUAAGGAGGAGAUUGCAACCUCUUUCUUUUGUGGUCUGGAAAGCAACAUUUUCACAGAUACUGCCUGUGCAAAGUACCCCCAGAGCAAGAGAAAGGCACCUUUAGAAUCGACUCCUCCUAGGAAGGCAGGCUCUGUAGGAGAAGGAAGAGAGCAAGCUCUGGGUGGUACCAUGUGCUUUGCAAGGGCCUCAGCCUGGAGCAGCUCUGUAGAUUCUCUUUCCAUGAGUGUGAUUUGCGAUCAGCUUGGUGGACAAGACUCAUUUAGCCAUCACUAACUGGUUUUGUUUCUCUUGUGCAUUGAAGUCGGCUGUGGCUGAGGCGGGGUCAAGCAGCCUCUGUCCGUCUGUGGGCCUGGCGAGCGCUGGGCUCUGCCCCCAGCCCCCUCCUGGCAGGGAGAGGGGAGGUUGGCUUCACCUCUGCUCUGCUCGUCUGCUUCCUCUGUGGUCGUGUCACAGCCUGGUGCUAAGACAGGAAUGGCACCCUGAUCCUCUCCUGGCAUGGAAACAGAACUCGUGUUCCUGUGUUGCUCCUCCUCCCCUUUUUCUGCCCUCAGCUCUCCACUUCCUACUGCUCUUUAUCCUGAAAACUUGAUACCUUGAGGGUAUAGGCCAUAACGUGUUGUUUUACCUCCUGGAAUGUGCUGUCUGGUGUAUGUGAGGGUUUCAGUCCAAAUGCUGCUAUAUAUUUCUGUGCACUUAAUGUAACCCGAAGAAGGGAGAAUGAAGCAUCGAUACCAAAACAGGGCUGGGGAAGGACAGUGGCUGACACAGACACUACAGCCUGUGCUUCUGGCUUCGGGGUGUACAGCCCAGCUGCAGUGAUCAACGUGACGUGUGGCAUCUGCUCAGUGGUGGAAACAAGCGCUCUGACUUGCCCCAGUGCUACCUAAAAUGCCUCUUGAGUUUGACUUCAUUUGUCCCCUGUACAGUGGUCUAAGUUCAGAGUUGCCAACUUGUAACUUCCUCUCUUAUUUCUUCUUUAAAACUAGAGAGCAGGAAUCCCAGCUCAUUCUAAGGAAAAGGAACUGGGUUUAGAAAGAAAGUGGGCUUCAGGUGGCCUUCAAUGCCUAGAUCCCUCGGGGAGUAUCCAUCCUGCCUCCUUCCUAAGAAACCUGCAGACAUUAGUGAGGAAGAGGAGUUUGGCAGUGGGGCACCUUUGCAGAAAUGCAGCUUCUCUUUCCAGCUGAGUGAAAAUGCACCUCUUGAGCUGAGACUGUGUGUGUGGGGAGGACCUGUGAGGAUGGGUGGUCCACUAACGAGGCAAAAUACUUCAUGCUGUUGGUGAUCUCCCAGAUUCUUUGCUGAGGGUUUGUGCUGUCUGUGGGAGGGAUGGGAAUGGUGACCCCCAUCCUGCACUCUGAUGCAUCAGCCUCUGGUUCUGCAAACCCCAGUAGUGUAAGUGACACUAGCAUCGUCUGAAGGCCCUGUCCUUCCUUGGACUCUGCUUCUUUUCCAUACUGGGAACAACCAAUAUGGCUUUGGGAAGAGAAAGCACCUUGCUUCAGGUUCUCCCCUGCCUUGGGCCUCGCAGUCAUUGCCAGACAUGGAAGAGUGACCGUGGGGCUGGCGGAAGGAAGCGGAUUUGCUCCCGUUUUGCACGUGUUGGGAUGGCUGCAGGCCGUGAGGAAGCCAGAACCUCGGUACUGCUGGCCCUCCUGUUCAGGCCGUUAGUCCAAACUGCUUUUAGCUCUCGUGAGUUUCAGCGUCACAAUGUGCUGGCCAAAAACUCUAAAAUCAGUUCGAUCGCAUUGUGACAAACCAAACGUGCUGUACAACUCCACACAGUCAAAAUAAAACCUCUAU